CGGACAUAGCAAAUUCAAUAUUUCUGUAUAUUAGGGUUUCCAAAAUUCUGUAUAUUACAACUUCUUCUGAACACCCAUUCGAAUUCGAAGAUGGGGGAGUACUGGCCAGAAAUCUAUCCUCAGAGAAAGGCUUUUUGUCGCCAUGGUAGUCGUGGACCCGAUCCGGUGAACAAUAAGAUACUGUCUGCGUUUCGAAACGUAAAAUCAUUUCCUUUAGAGAGGAUAAUCAUGCAGUUUUGGCGACUAGUGAAAACCUCUAGCGGCACUAGACUUUUAUGUAAUUUUAACCCUUAUGCCUAUUCGUGUUCAAACCAUCGUCUCCGGAAAUAUAGGUCGUCUUGUUGCCAGUAUUCCUAUGCUCUUAGUGAUCGGGUUGUAGUAGAUGACGACGCUACGAUCAUAUACGGUGCGCCACCAUCCACUGCAAUCCUGAACCAAUUUCCAGAGGUGGUUCUGGAUCUUAGGGCUCACCGGGGGACUCCUUUGGUGGAUCUUGCUUUGGAAUGUGAGCUAACUUGUUUUAUGAUGCUGCCUGCGUUUUCUUUUACUCACUGCGUUGGUGUCAUUGAAGUUUCUGUAAGAUAUCCUUGCCAUCUUCUACAAAUUUACCAAGAGUUGCAACGUGAACUACUGAGGGAGGGUUUGUAUAUCGUUCCUCCACUACGACUUUUGAUGCCUUGCAAGGCUACUACCGGGGAUUUCCUACUUGCCGUGAGAGAAAUUGAAAAGGCAUUACAAGUGGCUGUUGAAUCACAUGCUAUAACUCUUGGUCAAGUCUGGGUCACCUAUGAGAAUUCUCAUCGUAAGAAGAGACGGGCGUUAUUAGGCAAACUUAGAUCUUAUUGUGUUGCUAGUCCCCAUGGCAAUGAUCACAUGUCUUUUAUGAAGCGUUUCUAUCAACAGCUUUUUGUUCUUCCUUUGGAAAAGGCGGAGCGCGGUCUAGUUGCGAGGACACUUGAAACUCGUCAGGCACACCUGUGUAGAAACAUCUUUAAGUUUAGUGAUAACAAGGGGGUCUUGGCGGUACUCUCAGCCGGUGCAAAAUGUACUUCUUUUGCGAUAUGCUUGAAGAGUUCUCACAUGGGAGAGUGUGACUACGUGUUUGAGUUUUUCUGGCCCCUAAGUCCUAACCCCUUGCCCUUGAUGGAGGCUUUGAUACUGACACUAAGGGAGUAUUUGCCAAGUUUCAGGUAUGCUGCUUCUGGGGCACAACUUGGUGAUGAAUUACUUGUUGUAGAUGUUGAGAAUUCUUCUUCUGGGAGUGGGAGCAACCCUGCCAAGAUUUUCCCAAAAACUGAACUGUCAGAAACACACAAAGCAUUACAAGAAACAGGUAAGAAGAGAAAGUCCACUAAGAAGAGAAAGUCCACUAAGGGUCAAAGUGAGUUGACUGAAGCAUAUCAAUAUCCCUUGACCAACGUUGAAGAUCCAGAAGGUGAGGAUGAGCUAGUCAUUUUAGCAGUUUAUAAAGUUGAUCACAGUUUAUUCUUUCUCCCAAGCUCAACUACAUUUGAAAGUUUAAUGGAGAAAAUUAACCUAGAGUUUGAGUUGAAUCCAGCUGGUACCUACAAGAUCAAGUACCAAGUUCUUCCCGGAGAAUGGUAUAGUCUAACUGAUGGCACAUGCUUAAAGAGCUGCAUUUCAUCGUAUCGGACAUCAAACAACAUUGAUCACAUUAAGUUAUUGGUGCUACCAGUGGAGAAGUAAUAGUUAAUUUUCAUAUUAUGGUAUGUUAUUAGUUGAAGAAAAAACUUAUUAUGUAUAUUUUCAUGUUUUUAAGACGAUGUAUGUAUCCUGCAUGAUGAUGGCAGAACUCAGAAGGUACUGAAUCUAAUCUAGCAUGUGUUUGUUUGAUGACACUA